AUGGCUGGCCAGAAAAGUUUAUGUUUCACUGGGGGAUUCUGUGAAACAGAUAUUGGCAGCUGCCUCUCACAGCCUUGUGGAGCUCUCAGUCUUUGUAAGGAUGAAUUCGAUGGUUAUCAUUGUUUCUGUGCACCUGGUUUUAUAGGUAAUAAUUGUGACAUAGAAGUGGACGAGUGUCUAAGUGACCCAUGUCGCAAUGGUGCUAUGUGUGUUGAGCAGCUCAAUGGCUUCAAUUGCCUGUGUUCUAAUGGAUUCCAAGGCACACUUUGUGAAAUCAACAUAAAUGAAUGUCACUCAAGUCCCUGUUUCCAUAAUGCAACCUGUACAGACAUGAUCGGUGGGUAUGACUGUGACUGCCUAUCUGGCUUCACCGGUGUGCACUGUGAAACUGAUAUAGAUGAGUGUGCGUCUUUUCCCUGCAAGAAUGGAGGCACCUGCAUUGACCAACCUGGUAAUUACUACUGCCAAUGUGUGGCUCCAUUUAAAGGUUUGAACUGUGAAUUCAGGCCCUGUGAGGGUGGGAAUCCCUGUGAGAACGGAGCCGUGUGUCUAAAAGAGAUGGAUUUGGUGGCCUUUCCCCUUGGAUUCCAGUGCCAGUGUAUGAAGGGUUUCUCAGGCCCCCGCUGUGAGAUCAAUAUCAAUGAGUGCAGUUCCAACCCUUGCCUCCAUGGGUAUUGCUACGACGAUUAUAAAUUUGAGGGCUGGGAGAGGGGGGACGGUUUUAUAAACAAACUUUGUGAGCUGUUCUGGAAGCCUUUUCCAGCUGAACAGCUGGGCUACCAGUGUCUCUGCCUGCCUGGUUGGGAAGGACCAUUUUGUGAAGCGGAAUCCAAUGAGUGUGAUUCUAGCCCUUGUAAGAACAAUGCCACUUGCGUUGAUCUCUUCAAUGAUUUCCGUUGUGUAUGUGCAGAAGGCUGGACAGGACAACACUGCAGUGAAGAUAUUAAUGAAUGUGAUUCGGAACCGUGUUUGAAUGGGGCCAGCUGCUAUGAGUCCACAGUCUACGGGCAAUUUCUGUGUGUAUGUCCUCCAUUUUAUAUCGGAAGAAUUUGUCAGUUUCGCUACAAUCCGUGUGAUGCCCCCUACAAUCCAUGUAUAAACAACUCUACUUGUUUGGCACAAGUUGAUGGGAAGCCAUUGUGUAUCUGUCAAAAAGGAUUUGAAGGUACUUACUGUGAAACUGACAUCAAUGAGUGCAUCUUCAACCCAUGUAAAAAUCAAGGCCACUGCGUAGAUGGGGUUAACAGUUUCAGGUGCUUCUGCAGAGACGGCUUUUCUGGGACAUUGUGUGAAGUGGAGAUUAAUGAGUGCGGAUCAAGCCCCUGCGCAAACAGUGGAACAUGCAUAGAUCUUAUAAACAGGUUCCUUUGCAACUGCCCACCUGGAUACUAUGGAUCGCUCUGUGAGCUGGAUGUAAAUGAGUGUGAAACUCUCCCUUGCUUGCAUGGAGGAAGCUGCUUCAACAAGCCUGGAGGCUACCAGUGUGUCUGUGCUCCUGGUUUCACAGGCAACCGAUGUGAAGUGGAUAUAGAUGAAUGUAUCUCAGCACCUUGUCUUAACAACGGAAGCUGCAUUGAUGGCAUCAACUACUAUAAGUGCUACUGCCGAAGUGGUUUUAUUGGAAUGAACUGUGAAACAAAUGCUGAUGAAUGCACAUCAGCGCCUUGUCUUCAUGGGAGAUGCAUUGAUCUCAUAGAUGGAUUUCAAUGUAGCUGCGAAGCUGGAUGGACCAGUUCAAGAUGUGAAAUUGAUGUUAAUGAAUGUGGAUCGGCUCCCUGUCUUAAUGGAGGUUCUUGUCAAGAUUUGGUCAAUGCAUUUGAGUGCAUUUGCUUGAGUGGAUACGCGGGUGAAUUUUGUGAAGUGGAUAUUGAUGUUUGCACUGAACCUCUUCUAAACUCAUCCCUCUGUUUCAACGGAGGAAAAUGUGUUGAUGGCCCGGGAAGAACUUUUUAUUGCAGGUGCCCAGCUGGAUUCUCUGGUCACUUUUGUGAAACAGACAUAAAUGAGUGCAGCUCUUCACCUUGCCUACAUGAUUCAAUCUGUGAAGAUCUUAUUAAUGGGUAUUUUUGCAGAUGUCAGAAAGGCUGGGAAGGCCUCAGCUGCGAAGAGGAUAUCAACGAAUGUAUGUCAAACCCCUGUGUACAUGGGAUCUGCACCCAGAAUGAACCAGGCUUGGGUUACACUUGUUACUGCCAGCCUGGAUUUGUGGGCCGAAGCUGUGAGCUUAAUUACAACGAUUGCUUGAUACAGACCUGCCCUGCUGGGUUUCUCUGUGUGGAUGAAAUAAACAAUAUCACCUGUUUACCUGCAGCCCCUCAGAGGGGCCAAAUCAUCACUGAAAUAGGAGUGUCCCCUACUGAGCCAUUACAGAGAGGCCUCACACAACCCCGUUCAAGCCUCCAGACUUCUAACAUCAAUAUUCCUCAAACUUCCACAGGUCUGCAAAAGACAGGCUUUCUCAGCCGUGGGAUUCUUGCAACCUCUAGCAUGGCUAAAUUAAUGUCCAGCAUAUCAUUUGAAGGCUUUGAACUAGGAUCAUUAACCACCGACCGUGAGUCCUCGUCAUCAUUCUCACCAGCUUCCUCAGCAGACAUUCUCACUUCACAGUCGUUGGGCUUUGCGGGCCUAUUCUCAACAAGAACAAAGUCCGACCUAACAGCUGUACCAUGGGUGAUGAUGGAUAGUUCUGGAGAUUUAACACUAAGCUUGCUCUCACAAGAUGAGUAUGAUAUGACCUCAUUUAUCACAGACUCCUUAAUGACAGCUCCUGUUCCCUCUGUGCGAAGUUUGUCAGUAGGAAACCACAAGACUCUUGCUUUAUCUGCCACAGACAUGAGUUCAGUAAUUAGUAGGAUACCAGAGAUCAAGACUGAAUUAAAUAGUCACUCAUUAUUUUCCCCUAGAUUCCAGUCUACGACUCCAGCAAUCAUAUGUUCCAUUCCUUCGAGGUUGCCUCUAGUGACCGCUAGAGAGCAAUCAGCUGCUUCCCUAAUAUCGAUAGGCAAGGACUGGAUUUUGCCAAAGCCCUCGGCGAAGUUUGUUUUGCCCACAGAAGCUAGUAGUUUAGAAAAGAUAGAGUGCUUUAGCUUAUUCGUUGUGCAGGAAUCCAAAAGGAAAACAUCCCAUCUCAAUGAAUAUCUGAAUAUUAGUGUUUCAUCCUUCAACGAGGAGCUCACAGACCUCCAACCAGAACCUGCAGGCCAUUUAAGUAAAUUAAACCAAACAUGUGCAAGGAGUUCCACAGCUGACAGAAAACUCUCAAAUCAAUGCUCAGAGCAGGCUUUGCAUAGCCAAAAGUCCCCACUUUAUGAAGCAGACUGGAUGAACUCAAUGAUAUUAACCAACUGGUACACAUUAUUGAAAUCUACUACUCUUAGUUCCCAUCAUCCAUUGGUUUCAGCUUGUGAAAUGACCUCAUCAGUAAAGUUUACAGAAGUGUCUUCCUCCUAUCCUACUGAAAGAAGCAGAGAUAAGUUCAUCAUGGAAGAAUAUGUUCUAACUAGAGCCUUACAGGAACUAAGCACUGAGUUCUCAUGUGUUCAUUCGGAUUGUGUAGCAACUGUCCUUUCUCAAACCAUCCAUUUAGAGCCAUCUUUUUCAACCAUCACAGCCUCUCAAGGAGCAUACAUGUUUUUGACAAGGAAAUUAACUGAUGUGGAACAGCUGGCUGCCAUACAUUUUCUUCAGCUACUGGACUACACACCACAUGAUCCAAUUAAGGAAAUACCUCAGUUAAUGACUCAGGAGGAAGACACAUCCUUAGAUUUUCAUUCAAGUGUUGUUCUUCAAGAAGAAAAUGACAGCCGUGUUACAUAUCAUUCUGCUUAUUCCACAUCACACAAACCAAUCAAUUCAGAGGGGAUUCUUGAUUUGCAUCUCAAGCAUGCAGGCAUUUCACAGACAGACGCAGUGGCUGGUUUUCUUGACAGGCAUUCAUUAUCAGCAUUUUAUAUUGAUAUUGUAUCCCAUUCAGUAUUAUCUGACCAGCCACUCCCUACACAAACUGAUACUGCGAAAACUUCAGUGCCACAGUCCUCAUUAUUUCCUGAUGAAAACCAGGCUUUUGAUUCUGCCUUAACAGUGAUAGACAGUACAUCGCAGCAGUAUUUGAGAUGGACUCAUGAUACUAUUGGAGAACAUGCAACAAGUUUAAACAUCCCUUUAUCACAGUCACACAGCAUGUCAGCAGUGGCUUCAACCUUUUCCCCUUACCAGCUGACAUUGUCUGAUUUUAGCUAUAUCCAGUACCAAGGGGAUUCUUACAUGGAAUUUCAGGGUUUCCAUUUGCAUCCGCAAAACAACAUCACUUUAGAAUUCCAGACCUCUGGCUUCCAAGGAGUCAUUCUCUAUAUUGAACAGGACCCAACAACAGUGGGACAUUUCUUGAUUCAACUUUCUGUCAAGCAUGGUACCUUACAGUACCAAUUCACAUGUGACAGAGGAGACGAAAUUAGAAACAUCAGUACCAAUGUUAGAGUGGAUGAUGGACAGAAAUAUAAGGUGUGCAUUAGGCAAGACUUGAUAAUGUGUGAAGCUGAAGUGACUCUCCUGGGAGUGACUACAAAGACAAGCAUGCCCAGCAAUAAUUGGUCAGCUUUCGUUUGGCAAGAAACAGGACCAAUAUUUAUAGGUGGCUUACCACGUCGUUAUGCAACAAAGCAGGUGACUGCAUCUGUCUACAAUUUUAGUGGCUGCAUAGAAGUUACAAAAAUCAAUAACAUGGGACCUUUUACCUUUUCUAAUGCUGUGGAUAGAAACAAUAUUGACAGCUGCAGGUUUCCUGUAUCUGAAGAAACAUCAACAGUUUCUGGGGUGCCUGAAGCACUCAACUCAGCUUUGCCUUCACCGACUCAGCCAGCGUUAUUGUCAGUCUGCCAAGAGAAUCUGUGCUCUAAUGGAGGAACUUGCCAUCAUAUUAAUCUUCCUGGCGGUGUGGCUUCAUUUCAGUGCGACUGUCCUCUACAUUUCACUGGGCGUUUCUGUGAAAAAGAUACAACGCUGUUUUUUCCAUCAUUCAGUGUGAAUUCAUAUUUAGCACUACCUUCUCUAACAUCGAUGUCCGGGGCUAGAUUUGCAACAGGGCAAGAACAGAACAGAAUGAUGAUCUACCUGACAGUGAAGACAACAGCUUUGAAUGGCACUCUCCUUUACACCAGUGAUGAGCAUACUGGAGAACAUUUUCUUCACCUUUACCUUGCGGAUGGAAAACCAACAGCUCGACUUGGCUGUGGCGCUUCACGGGACAUUCUGACGGUGACUGUCAAUCACUCCAUUAGCAGAGAUGCCCUUGUCCCUAUCACAAUAAGCUAUAUGUUGCCUUUUGGCAGUCCUGAAGGUUACUGCCGGAUUGAAAUGACUGCAAACGAAAAUUCUCCUGUACGUCAGGGAAUCUCUGUGCCGCAUCAACUGACUCAGGUUACCUUUGGGCCAAUAUUCCUUGGAAAUGUCCCUGAUCACAUUAAGAUCCAUCCAAGCUCGGGGAGGAUUUAUGGCUUCAGAGGCUGCAUUAGAGAGUUCCAAGUGAACAACAAAGAACUGUUCAUCAUAGACGAGGCCUUGGGAGGAAAGAACAUCGAGAACUGCAAUGUUCCUGUGUGUGACCACCACCCAUGCCGCAACGGGGGCACUUGCACUAGUGACACAGAGAACUGGUUCUGCGAAUGCUCUGCCCUCUACUCUGGAAAAUUAUGUCAAUUUUCAAACUGUGAGAAGAACCCAUGUGGGAAUGGAGCAACAUGUUUUCCAAAAUCUAACCAAGACACUGUGUGUCUCUGUCCAUAUGGAAGAACUGGGAUUCUUUGCAAUGAUGUUGUUAAUAUUACCUAUCCGAACUUCAGUGGAACAGAUGCCUUUGGCUACACAUCAUUCCUAGCUUUUUCAGCAAUUUCAAAUAUCAGCCUCUAUUAUGAAUUUCAUCUGAAAUUUCAGCUGGCAAACAACAACUCAUCACUACAAGACAACCUGAUCUUUUUCACUGGUCAGAAGGGCCAAGGUCUUAAUGGUGAUGAUUUCCUAGUGCUAGGCCUGCGUAAUGGCAGCGUAGUAUACAGCUACAACCUGGGAUCUGGAACAGCGGCUAUCAUUAGUGAGACACUCGAUCUGUCGCGUCGUAUUCAUGUGGUCAGUCUUGGCAGGUACCUUCAGAAUGGCUGGAUGAAGGUGGAUGAUAAUAAAAAUAAAACCAUGACAUCUCCAGGAAAGUUGGUUGGGCUUAAUGUCUUCAGUCAGUUUUAUGUAGGAGGUUACAUUGAAUACAUCCCAGAACUCUUACCGAAGGGAUCCAAUUUUAAGAAUGGUUUUCAAGGUUGCAUAUUUGACAUAAAAGUUCGCACUGGGAGGGAUCAGCAGUUGAAAGCACCGGGGAUCCCAGAAGGCCAUCCCAACGCUGGCCGCAAUGUAGGACAGUGUGAAGAAUCUCCGUGCCGACUGAUAAAAUGCAGGAAUGGAGGGACGUGCAUGGAAAGUGGCUCGACCCUUUACUGUCAUUGCCCCACUGGCUGGAAAGGCGCAUUUUGCACAGAGACAAUUUCGGUGUGUGAUCGUGAGCACAACCCUCCACAUAGGUGCAGGAGAGGUUCCACCUGCGUCCCACUGCCUGAUGGCUACACCUGCCACUGCCCACUAGGAACCUCUGGCAUCUACUGUGAACAAGCCCUAACCAUAAGUGAUGCAUCUUUCAGUAGCAACAAAUCUUCUUGGAUGUCAUUUCAUUCCUUCAAUAUUCGACACAAGGUUCAUAUCCAGUUGCAAUUCCAGGUCCUUUCAGGAAAUGGCAUCCUCUUUUAUACUGCCCAGCACUUGAGUCCAAGAUCAGGUGAUUUCCUAAGUAUCUCCUUAGUAAAUGGAUAUGUACAACUGCGUUACAACCUUGGUGACAGAACAGUAAUUUUGCAGACAUUUCAAAAUGUACACAUCACAAAUAGCACAUGGUAUUUAAUUAAAGCGGGAAGAGUUGGCAAUGAAGGCUACCUGGACCUUGAUGGGAUCAAUAUAACUCAGAAAGCUAGCAACGGUAUGACUGCCUUGGAUACGCACACAGAUUUCUAUGUAGGAGGGGUCCCUUCUUUAAACUUGGUUAAUCCCAUGGCGAUCAAAAAUGAGCCUAUGAGCUUUACUGGCUGCAUUCGAGAGAUUCUGGUCAAUAACAAAGAAUUAAAACUGACUGAGAAUGGAGCUAAAGGUGGUGCAAAUGUAGGUGAUUGUGACGGAACUUAUUGUGGGUACACAGUGUGUAAAAAUAAUGGAAAGUGCAAAGUUGAAAACUCUAGUUUUUCUUGCUUAUGCCCAAAACACUGGAUUGGGAAGUUUUGUGAGCAAUCUACUUAUUGUUCACAUAGUAAAUGUCUGCAUGGAGGUAUUUGUAUACCUAACCCUGUUUCUUUUUCAUACAUGUGUGCAUGUAGACUUGGCUGGUCAGGCCUCCGGUGUGAAAAACAGGUAUCUUUUUUUAGUGCCAAAUUUACAGGCAAUUCAUACAUCAAAUACAUAGACCCCAUUUAUCAAACAAGGGACCUCAGAUUUACUAAAAUAGCUUUCAAUUUUACUACCAAUCAGAUGGAUGGUUUACUUGUAUGGUUAGGAAAGGCUGAGAAUGAAGACAAUGAUUUCCUUGCAGUAGGACUUACUAAUGGAAUGUUGAAAGUUGUAGUUAACCUUGGAGAAAGAAUCGCUGUCCCUUUUAUUCUCCAUGCAAAGUCCCUCUGUUGCAAAAAAUGGUAUUUUGUCACCAUUGCUCAAAACAAGACUCUCAUUAAAGUGUAUCUUGAUGAGGAACUAGUUCUCUUUGAAGAUCUAGAUCCACAAAGAAAAUACACUGUUUUAAAUUAUGGAGGCAUUUGCUAUUUUGGAGGAUUUGGACUUGAUAGGAGAGUAGAUACUGUCACCUCGGGACUUUUUAAUCGAGAGCUAACUGGUAAAAUUAAGGAUGUUGCCCUCUUUCAAGAUUCUAAAAAGAUCAUGCUCAUUAAGGCAGAUGGGUAUAAUGUCUAUAGUGGAGAUAAAGAUUAA